AUGAGGCUUCUCUUCGAGAAAGUCCGGCGCCUGGAGAGCGAACAUCAGCGCAACCACCAACCUCUCUGGGCAAAGCCACGACCUGGGCCCUUUACCGAACGCAUCCUUAAUUACCACCAGGAGAAGGACAUCCAGCCACUCCGCAUUGCCUUCUACACUGGCACAGAGGAUCCUCUCACCCACAUACAUUCUUUCCAGUCUGCCUUGGGGUGCAAGGGCCUCACUGACGAAGGCAUGUGUCUCCUCUUCCCUUCCACUCUCAGUGGCGCGGCCCUGAACUGGUUUUACAGGCUGAACCCCCGCACUAUCAAUACAUUUGACAGUCUGAAACAGGCUUUCCUGGACCAUUUCAUGAUCCAGACCGAUCGCCUCUACUCCGCGGACGACCUAUACAUGCUUAGACAGGGUGAGGAUGAGCCCCUUCGGGAGUAUGCAGCCAGGUUCAGCCACGAAUACUCCCGCUGCCCAGAUACUGAUGAUCGUGCCGCCUUCGGUGCUUUCAAGAGUGGCCUCCGAGAGUCUAACUUCCGGUACCUGGUCCACAGCAACCCUUGGAACACAUAUGCCGAGCUGAUGAAGCAAGCAGCAGUUCAUGCCAAGGCUGAGUACUUCAACUCCAAGCGCAGCCCAGCCAUCCCGGCACAUAAUCCUUUUGCUGAUCCUCCACCUGCUUCGGUACCCAUCCCAGCUCCACCCCAACAUUCUGCCCCUGCACCAAGCACCCAGGGUGCCCAACACCCCAAGAGGAAGGAUAGCUACCAGCAUACCUUCAACAAUAACAAGCGGGGCAGACAUGGGAACCACCACCAGUCUAGUGGAAGCAACCCCCCCAGGCCAAGUGACCGGGCCCCACUCCCAUUCUCACCCAAACCCAGGUUCGAGGUCUUCACCACCCUCAACACUACCUAUGAGAAUGUCCUAGUGCACGAGGCACCUAUCAUACCUCAGCCUCCACCCCGGAAACCAGGCAGCAAGCCUAUGCCUAACACAGGAGUCUUCUGUCGCUUUCAUCAGUUCGGUGGCCAUGAUACCGAAUCUUGUGUUGCCUUGCGCAACAUCAUUGAGGGACUUAUUCGCGAGGGGAAGCUGGAUAAAUACGUGCACAACCUCCCACCUAACCCUCACCAACGGCAGAUCAACAUGAUCUCAACCAUCAGUGGUGGCCCAACCAUGGCUGGCACCUCCAACAACUCCAUCAAACAUUAUGUCCGCUCUACCUAUGCGCACCAGGUCUUCAGUACUGAGCAGGGACGCUUGCCGAAGACACAAAAAACAGGCUGGGCCCCCAUUACCUUCUGCGAGGAGGAGGAGCGCGGCGUUAUCCUCCCUCAUGAUGACCCAAUCAUUAUCCGCGCCGACAUAUCUAACUUUGACGUUGGGCGCAUAUUGGUAGACACUGGCAGCUCAGUUAGUGUGAUGUUUGCUGAUGCCUUCAAUGAGCUCCAGCCUAUUGGGAGCAUUCAUCUCCCUAUCUCUAUUGGAGCAGCUCCCCAGCGAACGACGGUCACCACUCCCUUCCUCAUCAUUGACUGCCCCACAGCCUACAACGUUAUCCUGGGACGCCCUGCCAUGGCCCAGAUGAAGGUCUUCAUUUCCACACAUAUGUUACUGUUGAAAUUUCCUACCCCCUAUGGCACGGGCACUGCGCGCGGUGAUCAACUGGGCGCCCGAAGCUGCUAUGCUUCAGCAGUAAAGUCUACUAAUCGCCAACAUAGGGGUGAGGCCCUAGCAGUAACCCAGGCCCUAGCCCCACCUCGAGCUGGCACUGAGCGCCCAGAGGACCCCAGGGAGGAAUCCGCCACCCAACAGGCCGAACCUGUGGAGGACCUUGAACUGGUCACUCUCCAUGAGGAUAUCCCGGACCGACAGGUCAGGAUCGGCACCUCCCUCUCCCAAGAGCUUCGCUCUAAUCUUAUUGCCUUCCUCCGCCUUAACUCUGAAGUCUUUGCUUGGUCUUACAACGACAUGCCGGGCAUAUCACCUGACGUCAUCUCCCAUAGGCUAAGCAUUAAUCCUGUCGUCCGACCCGUUCGGCAGAAGCGUCGUGCUUAUGACCCAGAGCGGUAUGAGGCCAUGAAGGCGGAGGUGGAUAAGCUGAGCACCAUUGGUUUCAUCAAGGAGGUGGAUUAUCCCACCUGGCUAGCCAAUGUGGUAAUGGUACGUAAACUAAAGAAGGGUUGGCGCAUGUGCGUAGACUACACAAAUCUCAACCGGGCCUGCCCAAAGGAUAGUUUCCCCCUACCCCGCAUUGACCAGCUAGUUGACGCCACAGCUGGCCAAGCCCUCCUCAGCUUUAUGGAUGCUUACUCAGGGUACAACCAGAUCUUCAUGCAUCCUGAGGACCAAGCUCAUACAUCCUUCAUCAUCGACCGUGGCCUUUACUGCUACAAAGUCAUGCCAUUCGGCCUCAAGAACGCCGGGGCUACAUAUCAGCGUCUGGUGAAUAGCAUCUUCGCUCCACUCAUUGGCAACACCAUGGAGGUUUAUGUUGAUGACAUGCUGGUCAAGAGUCGCACUGCCGACCAGCACAUCCCCAACCUCUCUGCCACGUUCACCAUUUUGAAGCAGUAUAGGAUGCGGCUCAACCCCACCAAGUGUGCAUUUGGGGUGGCCUCCGGCAAAUUCCUUGGCUUCAUGAUCAGCCAAAGAGGUAUUGAGGCCAACCCAGAGAAGAUCCAGGCUAUUUUGGACAUGACGAUACCCAGGACGGUCAAGGACAUUCAGAGCCUUACUGGGCGUGUCGCAGCCCUGACCAGAUUUAUCUCUAAGGCCACUGAUCGUUGCGCCCCAUUCUUCAAGGCACUUAAGGGUAGCAAGCGCAACAUCACCUGGACUGCAGAAUGUGACCAGGCAUUCGGCGAGCUCAAGGCAUACAUGAGCCGAGCCCCUUUAUUGUCAACCCCUGAGUCUGGGGACGUCCUCACCAUCUACCUUUCUGUCUCGGCUACGGCGGUUAGCUCAGUGCUCAUUCGACCACAUGAAGGUGCUGAGCAUCCGGUGCACUAUGUGAGCAAAGGAUUGCAAGAUGCGGAGAUUCGAUACCCAGACAUUGAGAAACUUGCUUUCGCCCUGGUGGUUUCGGCUAGACGCCUCCGGCCAUACUUUCAAGCUCACACCAUCCAUGUCCUAACCAACCAACCACUCAGGCAAGUGUUGCAGAAGCCAGAGACUUCUGGGAGGUUAGUCAAGUGGGCCAUUGAACUUGGUGAGUUUGAUAUCCACUACAAACCCCGCCAAGCCGCAAAGGGCCAAGCCGUGGCUGAUUUCAUAUCUGAAUUCACCGAACCCCAUACUUUGGCCAGUCCUCAGAUUGCAAUCACGCCUACUCCUACCUCGAACCAGGUCCAUGUCGCCAGCAACGGCUCCCUAGACUUAACUCAGCCCUUGUGGACCUUGUAUGUGGAUGGCUCUUCCAAUGCCCAGGGAUGUGGAGCUGGCCUCGUUCUCAUAUCCCCAGACAAGGUUGCCCUUGAGUACGCCCUCCGCUUCAAAUUCCACGCCUCCAACAAUGAGGCCGAAUAUGAAGCACUCUUAGCCGGCCUUCGCCUAGCCAAGGAAAUGGGCGCCAAGCAAAUCCAAAUAUUCAGCGACUCGCAGCUUGUUGUCCACCAAGUCAACCAGGACUUCACGGCCAAGGACAUCUCCAUGACAGCCUACCUCCAACAUACCCGCCACCUGCUUACAACUUUCAAUGCUUAUCUCAUAGGCCAGGUGCCACGCUCUGAGAACAGUCAUGCUGAUGCAUUGGCAAGGCUAGCCUCGGCGAUGGAGCAGGGCAUAGGUCGAAACAUCCACAUCGAGUUCUUGGACCAGCCCAGUACACGGGCACCACUCAUUUGUGUCAUUGAUCAAAGCCCUACAUGGAUGGACCCCAUCACUCAGUUCUUGCAGAACCAGACACUACCUGCUGAUCCUGCUGAAGCGCGGCGUGUUCGCUAUCGUUCCGCCCGAUACUUGAUCAUCAAUGGUGCCCUAUACAAGCGCGGCUUCAGCCUCCCCUACCUUCGGUGCUUGACCCCAGAGGAAGGUACCUAUGUCCUGAGAGAGAUUCAUGAGGGUAUCUGUGGCAACCACUCAGGCGCUCGCUCCCUAGCACACAAGAUCAUUCGGCAGGGAUACUUUUGGCCAUCACUUCACACUGAUGCCCAGACCUUCACCCAGAAGUGCGAUAAGUGUCAGCGAUUUGCCAACAUCCCACAACUUCCAGCUGAGCCAUUGACAGCCAUGGUCAGUCCUUGGCCAUUCGCCCAAUGGGGACUUGACCUCAUUGGACCUAUGCCUGAGGGCAAGGGCCAAGUCAAGUAUGCAGUUGUAGCUGUGGACUACUUCACCAAGUGGGUUGAAGCUGAGGCCUUAGCCACCAUCACCGCAGCCCGCAUUGAAACUUUUGUUUGGCAAAACAUCGUCUGUCGCUUUGGCAUCCCCAACACCAUCGUCACAGACAAUGGCCGGCAAUUUGACAACGCAAAGUUCAAGCAAUUUUGUUCCAACCUCAAGAUAAAGCUUUGCUUCGCCUCCCCAGCCCAUCCUCAAUCUAAUGGCCAGGUGGAAGCUGUGAACAAGAUCAUCAAGAAAACUCUAAAAACUAAGCUUGACAAAGCUAAGGGUUGCUGGCCGGAGCUACUCCCAGAAGUUCUCUGGUCUUAUCGCACCACCUUCCGGACCUCAACAGGAGAAACACCUUUCUCUCUCUCCUUUGGUACCGAAGCAGUGGCACCAGUGGAGAUUGGCCAGCCCACAUACCGCACCUCCACCUAUGAGGCCGAGGCCAAUGACGAGCAGCUAGCCCUGAACCUCGACUUCAUUGACGAGCUUCGUGACCAAUCCAACAUGCGCAAUGUCGCGUACAAACAGCGCAUCGCUAAGUACUACGACUCCCGAGUCAAAGCCCGUGCUUUCAAACUUGGGGACUGGGUCAUGCGCAAGGUUUCCUUGGCCACCAAGAAUCCCACUGAAGGUACCUUGGGCCCAACAUGGGAAGGUCCUUAUGAGGUUACCAAAGUCUGCCGCCCCGGCACUUAUCAGCUUCGUGACACCAAGGGCAAGACCUUGCCUCAUCCUUGGAAUGCUGAUCACCUCAAGUACUACUAUAAGUAA